GUAAUCAUCAUUUAACAAAAAAGAAAAAGUUAAAACCCCAAAUUAAACCAAAUUAAACUAAGCAUGCUUGCUGGUACAAACGAAUUAAAACAUUUGACCACCAAAUUAAUAAUUUGUUACUUUCUCCUUCUUCAUCACGCCAUUGCCACUUAUAUUUAGUUCUACAUUUUCUCUCUCCUCCCUCCCCAUGUGAGAGUUUAGUUGCAUUUCACCGUCAAUGGCGGACACCAGAGGAACUUUAGCUCCACCUGUCAACAAUGGCGGAAACCAAAUUCGAGAUGUGAGUCCUAACUCAGUCAUUCUUACUUUUGAGUCCAACUUCAGUAGCCUCUUCUCUUCCGCUUCGGCUAGCGUCGAUCGUUGCUCCUUCGCUUCUGACAUUGCUCAAGAUCACGACUCUCUUUCAUCCUCCGAAGUUUCUCAGAAUUUGAGUGGAAACGGAAGUUCAGAUCUGAGCAGCAAUGGCAGAUACCUAAGCAAAAGAGUUGAAAAACCUAAAGUUCACAAGGGAGAAAACAACAAAACUGUACACAAUCAUCUUGAUCAUGAAUUUGAACCUUUAGAUUCUGCAAGAAACUCCUUUUCACAAGCUCUUAAAGAGUGUCAGGAGAGGAGAUCUAGAUCUGAAGCUGUUAAUAAGAAAUCGGACCGGCGAAGACCGGCUUCAUUGGAUCUUAAUAACUCAUUAGCUGCCAAUGUGGUGACGACUUCCACGUCGCCAAGGUUUGGUGGAGUUAUGAAGAAAGCUUCGGUUACGCCUCGAAUAUCGGGGAAUUUUCCGAGUCCGGGGACACCGAAUUAUCGGCAUGGGAGUGUUGGGAUUGCCAAAGGAUGGAGCUCUGAGAGAGUUCCGUUGCCUUGUAAUGGUAAUAAUAGAAGGCAAAUUGGUGCUGCAUUGUUGCCAUUAAGUAAUAAUAUGAGGGGGUUGCCUUCCAAAUGGGAAGAUGCGGAGAGGUGGAUUAUUAGUCCUGUUUCAGGGGACGGUGUUGGGAGGACUUCGUCAUCUUCAUCGUCGUAUCAGCAGCCAGUGAGGCGGCCCAAGUCGAAGAGUGGACCGCUUGGGCCACCUGGGGUUGCCUAUUAUUCAUUGUAUUCACCUGCUGUUCCCAUGUAUGAAGGUGGCAACAUGAGCAGUCAUAUGGCAGGAUCUCCUUUCUCAGCAGGAACUAUGCUAGGAGAUAGUUGGUCCUUUCGUGUGGGUAACGAAAGUAGAGCUUUUACCAAUAACUUGGAGCCUUGUAUAGCCCGUUCUGCUAGUGUACAUGGUUGCACUGAUGUUGUCUGUCAACCAUCUCUGACCAGCUCUCAAGGUGAAAGAGUUGAUCGUGUGAAGGAUGCUGCGACCGACGUGUGUCGUGCUGUUUCUAGAAGGGAUAUGGCAACCCAGAUGAGUCCUGAAGGUAGCUGUCACUCCUCUCCUAGAAGGUCUUCUUUCUCCCAAUCUACCCCUUCCAUCCUACCAAUCGUGGAGAUGCAGAGUUUUAGUUCCACAAAACCAGAAGUGAGGGAUGUUCAGAUUGAUGAACGAGUCACUGUCACACGAUGGUCCAAGAAAUAUAGGGCGCGCAAUCCAGUUAAAGGGUCUGAAGAUGUGGAUGAAUGGAAAUUGAAAGAAGUAGAGCCUCGUUCUUCUGCUUGGGAAGCGUCAGAGACAGUAAAGAGCCUUUCAAAGGCCAGAAGAGAUGAAGCUAAAAUCUCAGCAUGGGAAAAUCUGCAGAAGGCCAAAGCUGAGGCAGCCAUACGAAAACUUGAGAUGAGGCUGGAAAAGAAGAGAUCAUCGUCGAUGGAUAAAAUUAUGAAGAAGUUGAGAUCUGCUCAGAAGAAAGCUCAGGAUAUGAGGAGCUCAAUAUUAGCGAAUCAGACGUUUCAGGUGUCCAAAACCAGAAAUAAUAAGUUGUCUUUUAAGACUCGUCAAAUAGGUUCCCUCAGCGGUUGUUUUACAUGCCAUGCUUUCUAAACAUAAGGCUUGCAGUAGAUAUUCGUUCAGCUGGAAUGUAGCACAACGGCAUACACCUGAUACAUAGCAUGAUGCAUGAUGCAUGACGCAUGCUUCGUAUAUGUCGCUAGAACCAGCAAAGUUUUUUUGGGUCGGGCACCUCUUUUUCUUUCCUGGUUUUGGUAAGGGGAGAAUCUCUAGCACAAAUCAAGAUUAUUUUGUAUUUAUAUUGGUUCAGAAAGGGGUUUGACCAAUAAUCUAUGGCUAUAUGUUAGUUCAUUUCUUUUAUUUACCCUCAUAUCUUGUGGGAUGUAUGUAAAUCAAUGUUUAAAUUGUUUUACCAAUCUUCCUCUGCUCAAAA